GACCUGAGUUUUCCAGUAGAUUAUAGGUCAAACUAACAAAAUCAGUAAAAAAAAAAAAAAAAAACUUUCAAGUGAUGGCUGUGAUGUGACUGAGGAGGCUGAGAAAGCACCUUGAUCCAGAGGAGAGAGGUAUGCAGCCCUCAAUCUGUUCGACCCGCCCAACGCUCGAUGCUGAUUGGCUGAGGAGUAGCCGCGCGGUCUCCUAUUGGCUCAUCCUGUUGUCAGUUUGAUCUUCCAGGCUCUGAAUACUGCACGAACAGACAGGCAUGAAGACUGAUAGCGGGAUACAUCGCUGCUGGAUAAUACGGAAGAAGACGGAGGACGCACUCUGAUAUGCUGGACUCGUGUCAGAAUGGGUGAGCGUCAGACCUACGUGAAGCUCAGUGAAGAGAAACUUAUACCAAAGUCUGAUAUCUUGUCACUGCUGAGGACCUACAACUGUUACCAUGAAGGGAAAAACUUCCAGCUGAGGACGCGCGAGGAGGACGGGGAGCUCACCCUCGAGGGGUUGCUGAACAUCUACUGGGGUCUGCGCCGACCAAUCAGACUUCAGAUGUACGACGACAAUGAAAGAUUUCGUUUCAACCGAAACGAUAGAUCUACUUUGGCAAAGCAGCUGUCAGCAGAGUCUAACAACAACUCCCUGAGCACAGACACCGGACCGGCUAGUGGUGACAUGUGCGGUCAGGAGGAGGAGGAUUCUCCUCAGCUGCUGAGGACCAGGAGCGAUGCUUCCUUCAUGCGGGUUCAGAGGAGGUCAAAGACACACACUGCCAGAGAUUUGCAGCGCCUGCGCACACACAGGUUCUCAAUCAACGGACACUUCUACAACCACAAGACAUCCGUAUUCACUCCAGCCUACGGUUCGGUCACUAACGUACGAGUGAACAGCUCCAUGACGACAGGACAAGUCCUCAACCUGCUGCUACACAAGUUUAGGGUGGAGAAUAAAUCUGAAGAGUUUGUCCUAUAUAUGGUGCACGAGUCUGGCGAAAGGACCCGACUGAGGGAUGGUGAAUACCCGCUGGUGGCUCGUGUGCUUUAUGGACCCUGUGAGAAAAUCUCCAAGAUCUUGAUCACGGAGGCCGACCUGGGAGAGGAAGUCACGUAUGAUGUUGCCCAAUACAUAAAGUUUGAGAUUCCGGUUUUAGACAGCUUCGUAGAGAAACUUAAAGAGGAAGAGGAACGCGAGAUAAACAAGCUGACCAAAAAGUACAGCUCUCUGAAGUCUAUGAUCCAACAUCAGCUCGAAGGCAGAGCUCACACCAGUGACCGAAUAUGAGUGUUUCUUUAUGUAACAUGUGUGCAUGUGAGUGUGCGUGUGUGAGGGGAAGGGUGGGUUCAACACUAAUGAUUGUUGAUUUACUAUGGGAACAUUUGCCAAAAUCUGUAGUGAAUGUAGGGUAAAAGGGUAAAAGUAAAGGCUGCAAUAGAACCAUAUCAUACACCAAUGUGCUUCUACUUAGAAUGACAUAUCUCAACAGUUUAUAUGAUCUAUUAAUGUAAUGCAUUUGUAUGAAAAUUCUUACUGCAAAUUUGGAUAUUUAUACGAGCUGCUUUUGGUAAUGUUUUCUCUGACUUUGACCUUUUGAUGUAAUAAAUUCGUUUUUAGUGUGGCCUUUAUAAA